AUGCAAACACUUUCGGAAUCGAAAAAAAGGAUUCAUGAACAAUCAUAUGCAUAAAAGGUUGCCUAUCCCAUAACUCCUGAUAAAUCUCAUAUCAAAUUGAAUGAAUCUCUAUUCAAUGCCAAAAUAGUAGCCAAGAAAUCCUGCUCAUUAAUUAAAGAUGUCUAAAAAGAUGUUUAAUUGACAAUCAAAAAAUAUGAUGAAUUCCUAAAACUUGUAAAUACUCCUAAUAAGGUUCCUGAUUCUAUUACAAGUUCUCCAUCUAUUAUGAAACUACAUCAAAUAGAGGAAACAACAGAAUAAAAAGAUGAUGAUUAAGCUCUUCUAAGUCAAUAUUAGAGAUAUGCAAGUUCCUAAGAAUUGAGAAGACAAUCUGUACCAUUAGAAAGAUCUGAAUUGAGAUUAUCAAGUUUUAAGGUGAAAGAAGAACUCUUUCCUGUAGAAGACAUUAGUCCCAUCAAAUAAUAAAAUAACAGUUAUUUUGUAUUUCGAAGAAAUUCCUCUCAAAUCUUGACUUCUCCUCCUCAAAAAAAAUCUUAAUAAUCUAUUCUCUCGGAUUAUUAAGGAAGUUAUGCUAAAAUUCAUUUACGCAAAUCUCCAACUGCCCCUAGGAUAGAGAUUGAGAUUAAACAAUAAGAGAAACCAUAAUCCCCUCCAGAUAUUGCUAAAAGAAACCAGGAAUGGAAAUAAAGACUCCAAGAUAAAAUUAAUUUUGAAUAAAAAAGGAAGAGUGAAAAAGAAAUGAAGGAUUGUACAUUUAAACCAAAACUCAAUGAAACAAAAAUGAGUGAGAAAUCUAAAAAGAAUAUUGUACAAAAGAAUAAGAAGAAUUAAAAUAAAUCUUAAACUCCUGAAGUGAAAGAGAUAAUGCACAUCAUCGCAGACUUAAAUUAAUUUAGCAAAUAAUUAAAAAAGAGGUUGUGA